AAAACCUAAAGCAUCAAAUCUCUGUGCAGAGUGCAGAGUGCAGAGUGUGCUGAAAUGGAACCCAAAUGUAAAAGCCCUUCGCAUCAAGAGCCAAAGAGAAGCAAAUCUUCCCAUCAUCUUCAAACCCAAAUCCCCACAACUUCAACGCAAUCUUCUAACACAAAUCCACUCUUCGUUUUCCCUCCGCUCCUUCCCGAGAUUCUUUCAGAAAUCCUCUCAAGACUGCCUGCCAAAUCCCUCUCCAGAUUCAGGUGCGUAUCCAAACCAUGGUGCGCUCUAAUUUCCAGCUCCGAAUUCGUGAAAUUGCAUCUCAAAGCAUCGGCUUCUAGGAAGGAUUACGCUCACCACAGAAUUCUAUGUAGUUUUGCUGGGCCGCGAUCCUUUUCUGUCAUGCAAUGUUCCCUUCAAUCUGUAAUGUCAGAGCGUCCGGCCGAGGGAUUUCAUAUUGAUUAUCCCAUGAAAACUCCCCAUAAUUCAGUGUGGAUAAUUGGUUCUUGCAAUGGUCUGGUUUGCAUUGCCAUUGAAGAGAAAUAUCUGUUUAUAUGGAACCCUACCACUGGAAAAUUCAAGAAAGUGCCUGAUCCUGGUGUUAAGUUGAAGGCUGGGUUCUAUUUUAUGUAUGGAUUUGGGUAUGAUGAGUUGAAUGAUGAUUAUAAGGUGGUUGGGGUUUUCUGUGUCUUUCAUGCCACUAAUUCAUGUGAGACUGAGGUUAUGGUGUAUAGUAUGAAAGGCGAUUUUUGGAGGAAGAUUGAGGAUUUGAAGGGUGGGUUUUUAUUGAAUGAAGCAGGUAAAUAUGCCAAUGGCAAGAUUCAUUGGGCAGUGUCUCCUUUUGGGGCUAGUAGUGGCUGGGAAAUUGUUUCACUAGACCUAGCUAAGGAAACUUAUGGAAAGGUGGGGCGGCCCGAUUUCGGAGAAGGUAACCCGGAUUUGACAUUGGGAGUGCUUUGUGGCUCCCUCUGUGUGCUCUGUCAGUAUGAGAAGGCUCACAUGGAUUUGUGGGUUAUGAGGGAAUAUGGGGUGAAUGAGUCUUGGACUAAGAUGUUCACUAUUCCACCCUUGUAUGAUCCUUGGAACCGAACGUUCUCUUCUCCGAUUUGCAUAUCUAAGAAUGGUGAAGUUGUACUAGUGCUUGGAUCAACCAUUGUGGUUUUUUAUCCCAAAAGUAAAGCACUUCGGUAUCCCGAGAUUAUUAACUUCAGUGCUAUUCUUGAAGCGGAUAUCUAUGUAGAAAGCUUAGUUUCACCCGUUGCUGAUGGUGAUGGUGAAGCUGGAACGCCUGGAAGGGAACAGCACCAGUAAAGAAGGCAGAGACUAAUCAAAGUCAUUAAUGCUACAUCUCUGAGGAUGGAAUUUGCUACCUGAAAUACUGGCAGAAGGCGUGACUUAGCUUUCCGGGUUCAUGGAGGACUUUCUCAUCAUCCCGCAUCUUUGUGUGUGAAUCUGUGUUUUAUAUAUAUAUAAAGCUGUAGAUAAGUUGCAGAUGUAUGAUGAAUGUAGGACAUCAAUGUGUACUUCUGCACUGAUUUUGGCAGUGCCCACUACCUAACUUUAUGGGGUUGUUCUUAACGGGGAAUCGGGAUGUUUUCUGAAUUAAAACGGUGUUCUUUUGAGUAGAUUUUCAUCCUAACAUGAAGUUCUAUUUUCAUGAUCUAA